AGUGCAGGGAUUUCAGUGUGAUUCACAGAGAGUCAGUGGAGAGCUACAUUCACCUUGAUGGAUAAGAGCUUCUGACUUCUUUCCUAAGUACGAUUGCUUUUCUAUUCUAUACAGAGACAAAAUGAUCAGGACACAUUUCUUCCUGUUUUCAGCACUAAUCAUGUACAGCAUAUCUGCUGAGGAAGUCUUUCAGCCAACUCUAGUGCUGGAUAUGGCUAAAGUCCUUCUGGAUAACUACUGCUAUCCUGAAAACCUAGUGGGAAUGCAAGAAGCCAUUGAACAAGCAAUCAAGAGCGGUGAGAUCCUGGACAUCUCGGAUCCAAAAAUGCUGGCCAGUGUCUUGACAGCUGGAGUGCAGGGUGCUCUGAAUGACCCAAGACUGGUGAUUUCCUAUGAGCCAUCACCACAUGCAUCUCCAAAGCAAGAAGCUGAGGUUUCUCCCACUCGUGAACAACUCCUGAGUCUUAUUGAACAUGUGGUCAUAUAUGACAAGCUGGAGGGUAAUGUUGGCUACCUGAGAAUUGAUUAUAUCAUAGGACAGGACAUUGUGCAGAAAGUUGGAGUUUUUCUGGUGGACAAGGUGUGGAAGACGCUGAUAGAGACAUCUGCACUGGUGAUAGACCUUCGUCACAGCACUGGAGGACAGAUUUCUGGCCUCCCUUUCAUCAUUUCAUACUUGUAUGAAGCAGACAAGACGCUACACAUUGAGACUGUAUAUAAUCGACCCUCCAACACUACCACGGAGAUAUGGACCCUGCCAAAGGUGUUGGGAGAAAGGUACAGCAAAGACAAGGAUGUCAUUGUUUUGAUUAGCCACCACACCACUGGAGUGGCUGAAGAUGUGGCUUACAUCCUCAAGCACAUGAACAGGGCUAUCACUGUUGGGGAGAAGACAGCUGGAGGCUCACUAGACAUCCAGAAGCUGCGUAUUGGCCCCUCUGAUUUCUAUAUGAUGGUUCCUGUAUCACGAUCUGUGAGCCCCUUGAGUGGGGGUGGACAGAGCUGGGAGGUGAGUGGGGUGAUGCCAUGUGUGGCUACUGAGGCAGAACAAGCCUUGCAGAAAUCCCUGGACAUCCUGGCAGUGCGCAGAGCAGUGCCUGGCACCAUAAGCCGCCUCACAAACUUAUUAAAAGACUACUACAGCUUAGUGGAGCGGGUGCCAGCACUGCUGCGGCACCUCAGCACCUCUGACUUCUCUUCUGUGCAGUCAGCAGAGGACCUGGCCACCAAGCUCAACACUGAGAUGCAGACCUUAUCUGAAGACCCCCGCCUGUUGGUCCGAGUCAUGAUGCCAGGAGAGGCUGCUGCCCUCCCUGCUGAGAAGCCAGUUGCAGUGGCAGCCAACUUACCUGACAACGAGCAACUGAUGCAUGCCUUGGUGGAUACUGUCUUCAAGGUGUCAGUGCUGCCAGGCAACAUUGGCUACAUGCGCUUUGAUGAGUUUGCUGAUGCAUCUGUUCUUGCUAAGCUGGGACCUUACAUUGUCCACAAAGUGUGGGAACCCCUGCAAAAUACGGAGAGCUUGAUCAUGGACCUACGUUACAACCCUGGGGGCCCUUCCUCCUCUGCUGUGCCUGUUCUACUCUCCUAUUUCCAAGAUCCUGCUGCUGGCCCUGUGCAUCUCUUCACAACUUAUGACAGGCGCACCAACCACACACAGGAGCACAACAGCCAGGCAGAACUGCUGGGCCAGCCCUAUGGGGCUAAGCGUGGCAUCUACCUUCUCACCAGCCACCAUACUGCUACAGCAGCUGAAGAGUUUGCUUACCUCAUGCAGUCCCUGGGCCGUGCCACACUGAUUGGUGAGAUUACCGCAGGAAGCCUCUCGCACACCCGCACCUUCCCUCUACUGCAGCCUGAACAGGGAAUAACCUGUGGUCUAACUAUCACAGUUCCUGUUAUUACCUUCAUUGAUAACCAUGGGGAAAGCUGGGUGGGUGGAGGAGUUGUGCCUGAUGCCAUAGUGUUGGCUGAGGAUGCACUGGAGAAGGCGGAAGAGGUACUAGCUUUCCACAAGAAUAUGAGAGGACUUUUAGAGGGUACUGGGCAACUCCUAGAGGCUCAUUAUGCCAUCCCAGAAGUGGCUGGUAAGGCCAGUGCUAUGCUCAGAACCAAACAGGCCCAAGGAGGUUAUCGAUCAGCUGUAGACUUUGAGACUUUGGCUUCCCAGCUUACCAGUGACUUGCAGGAGGCCUCAGGGGAUCAUCGGCUUCAUGUCUUCCACAGCCAUGUGGAACCAACACCAGAAGAACAGCUUCCCAACAUGAUUCCCAGCCCUGAGGAGCUAAGCUACAUCAUUGAGGCACUCUUCAAAAUAGAGGUAUUGCCAGGCAACCUGGGCUACCUUCGCUUUGACAUGAUGGCUGAGGCAGAAACAGUGAAGGCCAUUGGACCUCAGCUGCUACAGAUGGUGUGGAACAAGCUGGUGGACACAGAUGCCAUGAUUAUUGACAUGAGGUACAACACAGGUGGCUACUCCACUGCCAUCCCAAUACUUUGUUCCUACUUCUUCGAGCCUGAGCCUCGGCAACACCUCUACACUGUCUUUGAUCGUAGUACCUCCCGCAGCACAGAGGUGUGGACUCUCCCCCAAGUCACUGGCAAGAGAUACGGCUCUGUCAAAGACAUCUACAUCCUAACAAGCCACAUGAGUGGCUCAGCAGCUGAAGCUUUCACUCGCUCUAUGAAGGAUCUACAUCGGGCUACAGUUAUUGGUGAGCCCACCGUAGGUGGUUCACUUUCAGUGGGCAUUUAUCGUGUUGGUAACAGUUCCUUAUAUGCCUCCAUCCCCAGCCAAGUGGUGCUCAGCCCAGUCACUGGCAAAGUAUGGAGCGUGUCUGGGGUGGAGCCACACAUCACCAUCCAAGCCAGUGAAGCCAUGGCUGUAGCUCAGCACAUUGCCAACCUGCGUGCCCAGGUGCCACAGACACUGCAAACUGUAGGCAAGCUUGUGGCUAAAAAUUAUGCAUUUGUGGACAUUGGGGCUGUCAUAGCAUCCAACCUCAUCAAGAGCACCAAUAAGGACAGUUAUAAAAGGCUUAAUACGGAAGAGGAACUGGCCAGGAGAGUGACUGCCAACUUGCAAGCUCUUUCUGAUGAUAAGCACCUGAAAUUACUUUACAUCCCUGAACAUGCCAAGGACAGCAUCCCAGGGAUCAUGCCAAAACAGAUCCCUCCUCCAGAAGUAUUUGAAGAUCUGAUUAAAUUUUCAUUCCACACAAAUGUAUUUGAAAACAACAUCGGCUAUCUGAGAUUCGAUAUGUUUGGAGACUGUGAACUUCUAACCCAGGUGUCCAACCUACUGUUAGAGCAUGUUUGGAAGAAAAUUGUUCACACAGAUGCAUUAAUCAUAGACAUGAGGAACAAUAUCGGAGGCUCCACCACUUCCAUUGCAAUCCUGUGUUCAUACUUCUUUGACGAAGGACACCAGAUUCUCUUGGACAAAGUUUAUGACAGACCCAGUGACUCAGUAAAGGAAAUAUGGACCCAGCCAGAACUCAAAGGGGAAAGGUAUGGCUCUCAGAAGGGGCUAAUAAUCCUCACCAGUGCUGUGACAGCUGGAGCUGCUGAAGAAUUCGUAUACAUCAUGAAGAGACUGGGCAGAGCUCUCAUCAUUGGGGAACAGACCAGCGGUGGCUGCCAUUCCCCACAGACGUAUCAAGUAGAUGAUACCAAUUUCUACAUCAUCAUCCCCACCUCCAGAUCAGUGACCUCUGCAGAGAGCACUUCUUGGGAAGGGAAAGGGGUUUCUCCUCAUAUAGAAACACCAGCUGAAGCAGCACUCAUCAAAGCAAAGGAGAUGCUUAGUGCUCAUCUGCACAGCUCUAGAUAACUCAAUGCGGGAACAUGCCCCUAGAAAAAACGUAGGCUGUAAUUUUCAGAAGAGCCCAAGGGACUUAGGCUCUCAGAGGCUGAACCGAUAAGGGGUUUGGGAACCCAGAGUAGGAUUUAGCCACAAUUUAGGUAACUAAGGUAAAAUUAAGACCCUUAAAAUCUCCCAGCGUGUGUGCAUAUGUGCAUGUGAGCAGAUGUACAGGCUACAGGUGCUCCUCUUUGUGUUAUCUGUUUGGCUAAUUUGACAUGGGUUGUUUACUGAGCCUAGUUCCAACAGAAGAAGUUGCAAGUCCCUUCUGCUACCCAGAAUAAUGCACAAGCAUCAGCAACGGUACCUUUCUGAGCAGCAGAAAUGGAUUUGGAUUCCUCCUAACUGAGGGAGGCUGCACGAUGGAGUCUCAUUUUUCGUGUGAGUUUUCUAUUAACAUAGUUCUUUGGAAAAGAAACCUCCCCAAAUGUAAACUCCAGAAAGGAGUUGGAACUUCAUUCCAAUCUCUAUGGUCAGUGAUUGUAUGUAGCUCAAAGUGACUCCCUUUUCAAUGCGCUGACUUUUUUACCCCGUUCUGUGGAACCAAAUUCUUUCUGGGCAUGGUCGAGACACAGGGAUAAUUCACUGGGGUUUCUGAAUUCCUCUCCUGUGAUCCAAUGUAAAUCUUAAUUGUUACAGUGUCUGUUUUUUAAGAUUCAGCUCUGAAUCACUGAUAUUUCCUUCAGUCCCUUAGAAAACCCCAGCUCUCAGAAUUGAAGGCAUAUGAACCACCUCAAAGCUUUUAUGCAAAGAUAGAAAAGGCACCCUGCUCCUCUGGAAAUUGUGUGCAUUCUUUUUUAUAUAUAUUAAGAAGACUUAAGAGUAGCUGAGAGUGUUUUCCAAACUGCAAGAGCUAGAUUGAGUCUCUACUCCACUUCAUCAUUUAGAUGUACCAAAAAUAACUAUUCCCAGUCUGUCAGGGUUGCCCACACACCUGGUAUUUCUUAGGUGCAUUCCUAUUUCUCUCUUUGUAUCUGGCAGAGGGAGCAGAAGAAAGGCAGUACAUUGACUCUUUCACCCAGUUCUCAGAUCAACAGUCAGGGAAAAGAAACAUAUACUUUUAUUUAAGGCUAAAACCAGAUUGCUGCGUGUCCUGCCCCAAAGACAAGAAGGAAGCAAAGAAAUACCCUUUGCACCCUGCUAACAAGAUACUUACUAAGUAAUGGUACAUUCCAGAGCAGCUAACAGAGUUAUUGAUAUGAGCUUAAUCAAUGGACAACACUUCUUGUCUUUCUUACAAUUCUUAUCUAACCAUCUAUCUUUGUGGUGUUUUAGAAAUAAAUAUAACUUUAAUCUAGAUCUCAAUUUUUCUCAUCUCUACAAAAUGCCAUCUAUAUGGCACUUAAGAAAAUGGUCCUCCCAAAUUUAGUCAGUCUGCAGUUCUUACACAUUGCUGUUUGCUUGCUCAUUUUUAAGUUACUGCCACCUUUUUUACAAAUUGUGUUUAAACACCCGACUGCAGAGAAUUUCUUACAGUAUUCAAAAGAAAAUAAUUUUUAAAACCAAAUAGACUUGCCAUCUUUUUUACUACUUGCUUGUCUUACCAACUACACUCAGUUUGAUCAUUAACUUGACUCUUUUGAGUAAUUUUCAUAUUCUGAUUUUUACACAUUAGCUAGUUGUUGAAUUUAUCAGUGUUGUGGAAAAUGUAAACAAGUUAAAACUCUUACAGAAUUUUGUGUGAAGUGAUACAUGUAUGAAGAAUAUUAAAGAUACUUAAUAUGGAAAAGACUGAAGUAGACAAUGAAUGAGUAAACAACACUAAUGUAUUUCUUCUAAUGUCUUUUAAGCCUCUUUAAUAUCUAAAUGAUCCAGAUAUAUUGCUUUGUUUACCUAAAUGCAAUCAGUUGUGCUGUCAUGUACAAACAAUAGCAGUUGUUAAACCAAAUAUUUUAAAAAGUCAUCUGUUCAAGGACUAAAAGCUGUACUAUAUGGGCA